CCCCCUCCCCGGGCCACCACCCCUCCCAGCUCCCCGCGGAGAUACAGGUUUUUUCUUAUUUCAUAGCAAAUAAGAAAAAAUGUUCUACGCACAUUUUGUCCUCAGUAAAAGAGGGCCGCUGGCCAAAAUUUGGCUGGCGGCCCAUUGGGACAAGAAGCUGACCAAAGCCCAUGUGUUCGAGUGUAACUUAGAGAGCAGCGUGGAGAGUAUCAUCUCACCCAAGGUGAAGAUGGCGCUGCGGACAUCAGGACACCUCCUCCUAGGAGUAGUCCGCAUCUAUCACAGGAAAGCCAAAUACCUCCUCGCAGACUGCAACGAAGCAUUUAUUAAAAUAAAGAUGGCUUUCCGGCCAGGUGUUGUUGACCUACCUGAGGAAAAUCGGGAAGCUGCUUACAAUGCCAUUACUUUACCUGAAGAGUUUCAUGAUUUUGACCAGCCACUGCCAGACUUAGAUGACAUCGACGUCGCCCAACAGUUCAGCCUGAACCAGAGCAGAGUGGAAGAGAUAACCAUGCGAGAGGAAGUAGGGAACAUCAGUAUCCUUCAGGAAAAUGAUUUUGGUGACUUUGGAAUGGACGACCGUGAAAUAAUGAGGGAAGGCAGCGCCUUCGAGGACGACGACAUGCUAGUGAGCACCAGCGCCUCCAACCUCCUCCUGGAGCCCGAGCAGAGCACCAGCAGCCUGAACGAGAAGAUGAACCACUUAGAGUACGAAGACCAGUACAAAGACGACAAUUUCGGGGAAGGCAAUGACGGUGGCAUACUAGAUGACAAACUUAUAAGUAAUAAUGAUGGUGGCAUCUUUGACGAUCCCCCUGCCUUGUCUGAGGCAGGGGUCAUGUUGCCAGAGCAGCCCACACCUGAUGACAUGGAUGAAGACGACAAUGUGUCAAUGGGUGGUCCUGAUAGUCCUGACUCUGUGGAUCCGGUUGAACCAAUGCCAACUAUGACUGACCAGACAACACUUGUUCCAAAUGAGGAAGAAGCUUUUGCAUUGGAGCCCAUUGAUAUAACUGUCAAAGAAACGAAAGCCAAGAGGAAGAGGAAGCUGAUUGUUGACAGUGUCAAAGAAUUGGAUAGUAAGACAAUUAGAGCCCAACUUAGCGAUUAUUCUGAUAUUGUUACAACUUUGGACCUGGCCCCACCCACCAAGAAGCUGAUGAUGUGGAAGGAGACGGGAGGAGUGGAAAAGCUUUUCUCCUUACCUGCGCAGCCUUUAUGGAACAACAGACUACUGAAGCUCUUUACACGCUGCCUUACUCCACUUGUACCAGAAGACCUUAGGAAAAGAAGGAAAGGAGGAGAGGCAGAUAAUUUGGAUGAGUUCCUCAAAGAGUUUGAGAAUCCAGAGGUCCCCAGAGAGGAGCAGCAGCAGCAGCAGCAGCAACCGCAGCAACAGCAGCAGCGUGAAGUCAUCGAUGAGCCCAUUAUAGAAGAGCCAAGCCGCCUCCAGGACUCCGUGAUGGAGGCCAGCAGGACAAACAUAGAGGAGCCAGCCAUGCCCCCACCGCCCCCUCAGGGAGUUAAGCGAAAAGCCGGACAGCUUGACCCUGAGCCUGUGAUACCGCCUCAGCAGGUAGAGCAGAUGGAGAUCCCGCCAGUAGAACUUCCCCCAGAAGAGCCGCCAAAUAUCUGUCAGCUGAUCCCAGAGUUAGAGCUUCUGCCAGAAAAAGAGAAGGAAAAAGAGAAGGAGAAGGAGGAGGAAGAGGAGGAGGAGGAUGAAGACGCGUCAGGGGGCGAUCAGGAUCAAGAAGAAAGGAGAUGGAACAAAAGGACUCAGCAGAUGCUGCAUGGCCUUCAGCGAGCUCUUGCUAAAACUGGAGCAGAGUCUAUCAGUUUGCUUGAGCUAUGUCGAAACACAAACAGAAAACAGGCUGCAGCAAAGUUCUACAGCUUUUUGGUUCUUAAAAAGCAACAAGCCAUCGAGCUCACGCAGGAAGAGCCGUACAGUGACAUCAUUGCAACACCUGGACCAAGGUUCCAUAUUAUCUGAGAAGCGAGACGCGCUGGAGCUAGUGUUCAUUCAC